GUUCUUGCCAGUCCGGGGAUUAAAAAAAAACGUUUUUGUGAUAUAUUCAAAAAUCCUGCAAUCAUCUUUUAACAUGCUGUGGUUCGAUAAUUUGUAUUCGGAGCACCCAACCUAAUUUUAUGUCAAAUCCCACGCAGUAUAUUUUUAGUACUCAAUAAGAACCAGAGGAUGCUGAUGAGGGCUGUUGCCAACAGAGCAGCAUAAAGGACAGCAAAUAGCAGCUAAUGUUUUAUACCAGUCUGCCGUAGAAAACAUCAGCAGCGAGCUGAAUGGGACCACAGAGACCGCCUGAUGCUUAACAAAAAGAGGGUGGUUCUGUCCAUCUCCAAUGGUCUCACCACCUAGCACAAACGUCACAGCAGGAGCAGAGACGUCCCCCUCACCCCAUCAGACCCUCAGCCUCCUGACUAUAGUACUAUUAUAGUUCAAGCAAAGGCUACUUGUUGGUGAUUUACAAAGGCUGCACAGUUCAAGCCUUUGGAUGGCAUUUCUGCCCCUCGCUACUCAUUUUCUUUUGGGUUUUGUCUUCAGUCGAAACGAUGGAACUGCUUGUAGUUUUUGCACUUCUCUGUCUGUGCUGCUGGGCAUCUUUUUACUUCAUUUUGUGCACCAUCAACGGGUCCAGGAGCUACGAAUGGAACUGUCGCCUCGUCACUCUGGUGCAUGGCAUCGUUGCGGUUUGCAUCACAGCGUACAUAGGAUACGUAGAUGGACCGUGGCCGUUCACUUACCCAGGCACCAAGAACACCCCUCUACAGAUAAGUGCCUUGAUGAUCAGUUUGGGCUACUUCAUCUUUGACAUGGCCUGGUGUGUGUUCUUCCGCACUGAGGGAGCCGUCAUGCUGGCCCACCACACCAUGAGCAUCCUGGGAAUCCUGCUGACCCUGUGGUUGGGCGAGUCUGGCAUCGAGGGUUGCGCUGUUCUCUUCGGCAGCGAAAUCACCAACCCCCUCUUGCAAACACGCUGGUUCCUCAAGCAGACGGGACACUACGAGACUCGGCUCGGGGACGCUGUGGACGUCCUGUUCGUGCUGCUGUUUGUUGUGAUGCGAAUCUUUGUGGGAGGCACAAUGCUGUACUGUGAGCUGAUCUCCCCAAGACCCAGAUUCUUCAUCAAGUGUGGAGGAGUGGCCAUGUAUGCUCUGUCCUGGGCCUUCAUGGUGGACAUUGUUCGCUUCACAAUACGGAAGAGCAAGAGUUGGCAAAAACAGAGAGUCCGAAAGGAGAUGGUCACAGCUAAUGGUCAUGAUGGGAAGAUGGACUAACUGGCAUCUGAGUCUUUAGAUAAAAUCUGUGUACCUGACUUCAUAUCAGUUUUUUACUGUAGACUUCAAUAGUUCUUAUACAGGAAGAUCAAAUUCCUGCACUGAUAGAUUGAUAAAAGGGUCUUGUUUACCAUUUAUUGAAGUCUAAAAUGUGUGUAUUUUGUAAGAACUUAAGUUUAUUUAAACUUCUUUGUACCAGAAAACUGUUACUUCAAUGGUGCAAACAACACAUUCGUAAUGAUCACUGAAAACCAAAGCACUUUUAUAGAAGCAGUCAAGUUUCAAACAUCAAUCCAGAGCAAAACCUUCAGAUAACUUUUUUUCAUGUGCAGAGAAAUGUUUGUAACAUAGUUUUACACUGACAAUGCUGGGUAC